AUGCCUGCCAAGCUGUGCAAGCUGGUAUCGGCCCUGUCCUACGCUGGGAAGCUUAAAGGAGACUCGAAAUGGUUGAGGGAUAAUGGCUCUCCGAGGGAAGUUCUGCAGUGGCUUAAGACCUCGCAUGGGGAGGCUCGUCUCAACAAUUCCAAGAUCAACGUCGCCGAGGUCGCGCACAUCGCGUGCCUUCUCAAGCACGACCCAGUGCUCAGCAGGAACUUGAAGGAUGUAAAGGUCAUCGCGCUGUACAAGGCCCAGGUGGAUCUCAUCAAGUUCGCCCUGAGCGAGAUGGGUAUCGGCGCACAGCUCGUGUCCGUGGUCAGCGUGGACGCGGCGCAGGGUUCGGAGGCCCCGCACGUGGUCUUGUCGACAACGAGGAGCAACGCCACACAGGACCCCGGCUUCGCCAGAGACCGGAGGCGCCUAAACGUGGCGAUCAGCCGUGCACAGGCCUCCCUGACGAUCGUUGGCAAUUACGAUUUCUUCCAUCGAGUGGAUACUAAUUGGCGGCAGGUGUGCGAAGCGUGCGUCAGGGUGGAUGGCGCGUCGACUCAGGAAAAUUUUGAGAAAGCGAUGCGGCUCGUGCGCGCCAAGGCCCAUGAGAUGGCGCCAGGAUUCGUGGAAGAGUGCGUUCACGGACAGUCACCGCAGGCACGCACUCUCGACGACUGGUUCGCCUCGCGCCGCUUGGAGGGCGGACAGCGCCAGACCAGGAGCCUGCGGCCGCGGCCUUCGUCGCCAGCCAUGGCUGCCGUGGCCUUCCCUUCGCUGCCCGGGUCCGCUGGCGCAGCCGACCACGCGCAGCCAGGCGCCUCGUCCACCAUGUGGGGCGCACGUGCGGACGCCAUCUCCGUUGCUGGCAGACAGCACCGGCAGCAGUGCGCGCCGAGGCCUGGUGCGGGUCGCGAGAUCCCGGCCUCGAAGGACCCCCCGACGCACGAAGACGCCGACGCCUACCCCGUGCUGCCAGGCUCACGCGAAGGCGGCUCCUCAGGAAGCACCGGCUCGCGGGCCUGGGGGCCCCCGUCGAGGCCGGGACCCGCCGCGAGGUCGACGCCCGUCGAGUCGCCUGCGCCCCUGCCCGUGCCCGAGGAGGUCGUGCAGGGUCAGGACCGAGCAGGGCGUCCAGCGUAA